ACAAGGUGUGCAGCAACAAAGCCCAAUGAAAUUAAAACUAAUCAUGUACUAGACAACCAAAGUAGGCUUCAACAAUCCAAACGAAAAGGCCCAUAGACAGGUCCAAACAUUAGGACAUUCCAAAGCCCAUAAUAGAAACCCUAGCCACGGAUCAAAGAAGCCAGACGGAGGCAGUCGUGAAGCAUCCUCCUAUGAGCAACCCACCGCAAGCGAACCUUUGGUCAUCAGAGGAAACCUCCCUGGGGAAAACCAGACACCAGACACGGACAAGCAUCAACGCCGACCAAAGAUGAUGAAACAGGAAAGCGAAAAGAGAAAGCUUCCUCCGGCAGAAGAUGACUCUGGCAGAGACUGGCUGGGGAGAACUAAAAUCAGAACCACUCCAACAUUCACCAAGCUGCAACCGAAGCGCUCUCACACGGACAGAAAAGUGACGACAGUUGAAGGGAAGAGAGACAUGCAACAGAACAUGAAGCAGAGGAGCAACCCCAAUAGCAGACAAACUGUAGCGAAAGGCAUCUGAAAGAGCCUAACCAAUCUGAGCAAGACGAAGAAACCAACAGAAAAGGCGACUUCCCUGCCCUCAACUCCACAAAUCUAUAUCCAAGGCAAACAUGCCCUUGCAUCUACGGGACACCCGCAUUUUUAGGUGAAACGUGUGGAGGUAGAUAUCAGAAACGAAUAGAAGAGAGCAACCUGAAAAUACGAAUCCCUCAAACACCCACCGGGAGAGAACCAACACAAAUCUGAAAAAUACCAGAAAAGGUGGUGAACAAAAUCCAUCUCCGAAUGAGAGGAAGAGGCAGAAACCAUCCCGAAUGGGAGGUUUAUGGCAAGAUCCACAAGGGAUUGGAGAAAGGAGAAUGCAGAAAUGAAAAAAACCAAAAAUCAAAGAAAAUGGAUUGUCGCCGGUCACCCGAAGGUGGACCGGCGCCCCCCCCAUGACACUUUCAAAUUAAAGGUGCAAACAAGGCAGAGAAAAGUAAAGUUAGAGAGAGGAAAUAUUUUGAUGAAUGAGUUCGAUCAAUCUUAUGAUUUUGUACCAUAUAUGCUAUCAUAUAUUAUUAAGGGUUUUUUUAAUAUAGCAUAAUAAUUUUAUUUAAUUUUUUACCAAAAAAAUAAUUUAUUUAUUAUUAAUAUAUGAAAUAUAUUUCUUGAAAGUUGGCAACAAAUUAAAAUCCAUGCUACAGAUUUUUAGCAACAAAUUAAAUGGAUUACAAAAUUGGCAAAUUAAUCAAAAUGAUUAACUCUAUUACCAAAUUACCUCUUAUAUAUUACUUGUUUUCUUUUGUCUGAGGCGUACAAGUAGCUCACAAUAUAAUACAAAAGAACGAACAAAGGUUGAGAGAAAUAUUGGUAGAGUUAGUUUUAAUAUCAAAUAGAGGAGUUAAAGUAAAUGGCGAAGGUUGCACUAGUUGUGUUGUUAUCCGUCCUGCUAUUCAACUUAGCUGCGGCAAGGAAAGGUAAUUAAGUUUCUCACGAUAAUAUCCGCACAAAUUCAUCUCAAUGAUGUACCUAUUCGGCAUAUCAGGAGCGUAAUAAAAAAUCUUAUUUAUUUUGAUUUUAAUUUAAUUUUUUAUAAAAAAACACACUAAUGAAAAUCAACAUAAUGAUGUUUGUUAGUUUGUAUUUUGAGAAAAAUAUGUGUUGUCAUUUUGCGAGUUGUAAGUGUUUUACAUUGUGAUACUUACGGUCAGUUUGUUUGGUUGAAUGAAUAAUUUACAGUGGAGGGUGUAAAAUGGUGUAAAACCACGGACACGUUCGUCGGAGGAUGCGGGCCAGAACAAUGCAUUUUGGAUUUUUCAGAGAAGUAUGGGAAUGUGGAUGCUGAAAAUUGCAUAUGCAACAGCACAGCUUCUGGGUCACACCAUACCUGUUCCUGUCAAGUUAUCUGUGGCUCAAUCCACAAAGGCCAUCAAAUUAACUGAUUAAAUGUAUAACAAAAUUCCAUUCAAUGUAACAAUUUGUUAAGAAAUAAAAUCAAGUGGAUUUCGAUACCUACCUUGUCUCUUCACCUGUCAAUAAGAUUCGAUAUAUGUUGUCAAACUUAUAUACAUGCAUGUUAUUUCCUUAACCCAGACCGUUCUCAAAGUGAAUUCGAUUCUUUCUGAGAAAAUUACACUUUGGGAGAAUUAGUAAUUAGGGGCGGACAUAGGUGAGAGAGAAGUGUGUCAAGCAACACACUUCUGUUCGCAUGAAAAUUUUGUGUUUUGUCAUUAUAAAAUUUUGAAAUUAAGAUCUAUGACACGUUUAUUGUAAUCGUGAACUGUUUUUUUUUUAUACAUGGAACGAGUUUAUUGUGAUAUGCAAAAUUAUAUUCAUUUUCGAUAUAGUUCGAAAGAAAUAUCAUCUAUUAGCACUCGUUACCAUCCUACCAUUUUCAUUUGUAGCUUAAAUUAAAAAAAAAAAAACUGAACAGAAGGAACAUGUACAAUGUGCUCUAUAGUGAUGCAAAAAUUUGUGAAAAAUACCACCCUAUAUCACUCUGGUACAUGUUGAUAACUAGUGGUGGGCGGUGGAGAAGGGUGGUAAAUGGUAAUUAUUAUAUUUCUACUAUAAUGUAUGCAAUCAUUUUACGGAAUAGAUUAGCGUGGUUACUCAAUUUUGAGUAAUCAUGGUGGCUACCUAAAUCUACACCCUUAAUUAUCUUUAUUUUACCCUACCGCAACCAUCUUCCUAGCCGCCAUCUCUCCUCCUCCCUAACUCCCUCUCUCUGCCCCACCCCACAACCCCCGCUGCCUACCACCGCCGUCCCCUUGCCUGCCAUCCCUCCUCCCUCCCUCCGCAACGAGCGCGACGUUGACAUCCUCCCCUACGCGUGCGACUUCAAAGUUCUGUCGGGACUGCUACAUCAAGCUGGAUGAGGUCACCGUCGACAGUAAUUCUCACCCGCUUCCACUCCCUCCACCUAGCACCAUGUCUAAGAUGCACCGCACGCCUCUUCCUCCAUGAAAUCCACCAUGUGUAAGAUGGAGCGCCGCCUCUCCCUCGUGAAAUCCACUAAGGGGUCAGUUUGGUUUAGGGUCCAUCCGCCACCAUUCUCUUCCAAUAUAGGUAAUUGUAUUUA